AUGUUAACGGCGUCGUGCACAUCUGUGAGAUUGCUGCCCGACAUUUUCCCCACCCCCAAUAUCGCACCUCCGUAUAAUCACCUGGCGCUACAGAGGCAGAAACAAGAUAGUCCGGAGCGCGAAAAUUUAGAGGUUACGUGCGAGAAUUGUCGAGUAUAUAGUCGCGCGUUCGGUGGACCCUGUGGCGCGAUCGGGUUGCCUCCGGUGUAG